CGGAUGUUGUCUUGCACAGCCUUUCUGACUUGACAAGCGGUGGUGUUUCUGCGGGUGCUGGACGCGGUGGAUAUCAGCCGGAUAGAAAUCUAUAAAGAUGGCCUCAGCAACAGCGACCUACGGGCAGAAGGAGUCUUCGGACCAAAACUUUGACUAUAUGUUCAAGAUCCUCAUCAUUGGCAACAGCAGUGUGGGUAAAACCUCCUUCUUGUUCCGCUACGCUGACGACUCCUUCACACCGGCCUUUGUCAGUACGGUGGGCAUCGACUUCAAGGUGAAGACGAUCUACAGGAAUGACAAGAGGAUCAAAUUACAGAUCUGGGACACAGCAGGCCAGGAGCGUUACCGCACCAUCACCACAGCCUACUACCGAGGAGCUAUGGGCUUCAUCCUCAUGUAUGAUAUCACCAAUGAAGAAUCCUUCAAUGCCGUCCAGGACUGGUCGACUCAGAUUAAGACGUACUCGUGGGACAACGCCCAGGUGCUCCUGGUAGGAAACAAGUGCGACAUGGAUGACGAGCGAGUAGUGAGUGGAGAUAGAGGCCGGCAGCUGUCUGAACACCUCGGUUUUGAGUUCUUUGAGGCCAGCGCUAAGGACAACAUCAAUGUGAAGCAGACCUUUGAGCGCCUGGUUGACAUCAUCUGUGAAAAGAUGUCUGAGAGCCUGGACGCCGGAGAUCCCGCUGUCACAGGGGCCAAACAGGGGCCCCAGCUGACAGAGCAGCCUGCUCCUCCUCACCAGGACUGUGCAUGUUAAAGCUGACUACUUCCCCAAACCCUUUACCUCCCUCUUCCUCCUUGUCCACCUUCAGUUGGACCCCAGGGCCUCGGGUCCAGACUCCCAUCAACCUUUUCACUCACUUUCCCGCUUCUUUCUGUAACCUUGUAAGGAUCAUUGGCUGAGGGGCACAAGAACCUGGUUGAAAAGUGUCUGAAAUGCUCUCAGGUGUUCAUGGAACAGUGCUCGGGGUGUGUUUUCUUCUGUUUCCUCCUCAUAAAGGAGCUAAAAGGUGUCAGGGUGUUCAAACAAGUUCAAUCAAACCAGAGUGUUUCAGACUCUUUGCAGCCCAGUUUGUACCCAUCUUCCGUUGUUUCCCUGUUCCUCAGUGUGGUUUUACAAGAAGGAUUUGACGGCGUCCGUCCUCAGAGUGCCAUUUAAAUCCUUCCAAUGUUUACAGUACUUUGUUUCAUGUCAGUCAAAAGUCUUGAAAAGAUGUCAACCUUGGAUAUGGUGACCAAGAAGAAAACAGUGGAGCUAAUAAGGGAGGGUUGAUCCAGCUGAAAUCUGCUCCAUAAUGAUGUUACAUUAUAUGAUUCUGGAUCAAACUGAAUCAAACCGGAUCUGUGUUUCAUUUGUUGUCUCGCCUGGUAUCUAAACAUGGAUACUGCAGGUAUUAGCAAGUGUUUUGUUUUCACUAUUCAUCUGAGCCUUUUGGUUGGCCUUUUUUAUGGUUUUACAUUUCUUUUCUUUUCUUUUUGUAUUCUGGUGCCCCAUUUAUUCUUUUAUAUACAUACGUACACUAAACACUGGGCGGUAAAAUAUGAACAAGAUAGAGCUAGGUAAAAAAAUAGCAAAAAAUUAAUUUAAUUAUAUUUAUUUCAAAUGUACAUAUAAAUGUUGUGCAAUAUAAAUAUAUAUAUAAUAUCUACAGGUAUGCAUUUCUGGAAAUGAAUUUUAAAAAGGAAUGAAGUUCUAUGAGGAUAGUAUCAAAUAUAAGAGGUCUGUGUUGUAGGGUUUGUUUGGAUGAUGUGUGGCAGCUCCUUCGUGAGUUGUUUAAUUUCCCCCGUCGGUUUGGUUUGAUGGUGCUUUCCAGAGAUGUUCCAGAAAAUCGAAAAAAAAAAUUGCACUGGAAUGACUCUUUGAGUCUGAGUUACAAGUCGGAAAAUUAACAAUAAUCUUUAUCAUCCUCCAAAAUGAUUUCCAGCACUGCUGCUAAUAAAGGGAAACAUUUUAAAUGGUUCUAAUAUUAAAGGAAGCUUUGUGCUGCAUCAUAAAUGUUGUUUUAAGACAGACGCUAACUGUAGCUUAGGGUUGCAAAUGCUUCAGAUGCUUCGUGUCCCAACAGCCUCAAGAUGUUCCUGCUGUCACUAACAAACAAUGUCAAAACUUAAGGAUAUAAAAAAAAAAAAAAAAAGCAUUUUGUGCAACACAGUGCAGUUGGGCUUGCUAACAAUGCUACACAUUGAUCAGUAUUUUACAAAUUCUGCUGGUGUCUGCAAAGCACUGAGGUUGAAAUUAUAUAACUACUACAGCUGAAUUACUAUAGCUACUUUAUCAAAUAUCACAUACACAUGCAACGAUGACAUACUGACAUACAGUAGAUGCUCAAGUGAACCAGAUAUGUUGCUGUUACGCAGCACAAACUUUAGACUGCUUGACGACUAGGUUUGGUUGUAAGAUCACUGAAACUACUGACAGUCUCUUACUGAGUAUUCAAAACUGAUCGACAAGUACAGUUACUAUACAGGAACCUAUACUCGUGUUGAAACUUGAAGGCACCCAGUGCAGGACAGCAGGAUUGAAGAUAUAGAAAAAAACAUUUCCUCAACAUCAGAUCUAGCUGUUUCUUUUGUUCACAUAGAUAACAGCUGUUCAGAUGCUUUUAAUCUAGUUCUCACUAAAGAUGACUGUGAUGUAUUUAUAGUACUCAUGAAUUUAAUUGCAUUACUUUAUACAUUUGACUGUACUGGAAAGACUAGAUUGCAUUGUCUAUGUCAUUUAUCUCUGAACCUGUGAGAGUAUGUUAAGUCAAGCUACAUGCCAACACUCGACUUCUUCAGAAUCAGUAUUACAGAGUCUGUGUGUGUGUGCAAUGUUAUCUCCAAUGCUCAUUCUUCAGGUGAAGUACUGUCAAACAAGCAUCAAACAGCUGGAGGCUGAAAUGUUCACAGGCCAGGUUGCUGCUGAGUUACUAAUACUAGCUUCAAAUAUUCUGUUCUGAGGUAUUUUUUUUGGUUUGAACACUGUGUACCAACAUCGCGUGUUUUCUGCUAGCUUUUAAGUCGACGUAGCAUCACUUGCCUGUGGGCAUGCAUUAUCAGCCCUCCACCAAACACUCAAAACGUGUUUCCGCAGUUAAAACUGGUUUUGCUGGGUAUUCCUUUGUUUCAUUUCACCAAAGAUUGCUGUAGAAGCAACUCACUGUUUUUGCUGUAGGAUGCCAGAAUACGCGCUGUGAUCAGUUAAAAACUGUAAUAAAACAACUUUACCGAAGUGACCUCUGGUCAUUCAGAAAUCAUUUUAUGUCAUUGUUAUUCCAGGCUUGCUGUUGUUUCUUGUAAACCCAGAUAUAAAGAGGAUGGCACCUAUGGACUGAGAGGACAAAACACUAUAGGGUACUUCAUGAAGUCAGUGACUUUGAGUACAUUAUCAUUAAAGCAAAUCUGAAUCAUUUAUUUACCUGUUGCAUUGGUUAACUGAAGUGUAGCAUUUAAACCCUGAAAUCACAGAUGAGCCACUGUCUAUUGAUGUUUGAGAAAAUGAGGCCAGAGUCAAAGUGUCCCACCAAAGUAAUGAUGUUCUUAUCAGAAAGGGAGUGAUGAUCACAACAAACCUCUGAGACGUUUUUGACCUUGCGUAUGUUUUACUUCUUACUGGUUGUGACUGUUUCUUUUCCGGUAAAAAUUCAAACUUUUAAACUGUUCUCCUUUCUAAUAUGUCUUCCUCUCUAUAUAAACCAGAUCUGUAAAUACUGUACCUUUGAGUCAUAUGUGUGGAUUGUGUUGUAUCGACUCAGGCUUGCAACAAAAAAGAAAAAAAAACAAGAAAAAAAAAGAGGAAAAAA